UUUAGCUACUAUGUCAUUGUGAUUAAAUGGAGGUUUUGAUUGUUGCAUUGCAGUGUAUUAAAAGCUAGUACAAUUAAUGUUCGUCAAAAUAAUGAAUUUUAAUGUGCAAAAAAGUCGUCGAGGUGACACAUAAUACAUCAUAUGUUACUUACAAAGAUGAUAUGGGCGAAGUUGACACGUGGACACAGACGAAAGUAUACUUGCUGCAGCACAAUGCAAUAGUAACGAAAUAAUUCAAGGAUUUGACAUAUCACCGUUCGAAAAUGUCAUGUGAACGUGCAAUAAAUGCGUGACUCAACAUGUCAAUGAAAAAAGAAUCACCUUGGGAUGUAGAAUUGCAUCUUGCAGCUGCACAUGGGGAUGCAAAACGUUUGCGUAUAUUACUUGAUUCUGGUAGAGUUCAUGUUGAUUGUAAAGACAAGGAUGGAACUACUCCUUUGAUACUUGCUGCUGCUGGAGGACAUAUAGAAGCUGUCACUGAACUAUUACAACAAGGAGCAGAUCCUAAUGCUAAAAGACUGACAGGGACCACAGCUCUUUUCUUUGCUGCCCAAGGUGGUUUUAUGGACAUUGCUAAUUUGCUUUUAGAACAUGAAGCACUCGUUGAUUCUUCCAGUAUGGAUGGAGGUACACCAUUAUUCGUAGCUUGUCAAUAUGGUCAUUUAGAUGUUGUCGAAGGUCUUCUGGGCAAAGGUGCCAAUCCAAAUGCACAUAUGAAAGAUGGAGCUAGUGCAUUAUUCAUUGCUGCACAAAAUGGUCAUGUGCGCAUUUUAGAAGUUUUAUUGGAGCAUAAUACAAGAAUAGAUACUAUAAGAACAGAUGGUGCUACACCUUUAUGGAUCGCAGCGCAGAUGGGACAUGAUCAUAUUGUCAGACAACUCUUGAAAGCCGGAGCAAAUGUUAAUGCUACCAGACAUGAUGGUGCAACUCCUUUAUUUAAAGCAGCGCAUAAAGGUCAUACGGCUGUUAUUGGAGAGUUACUCAAAUACCGUCCUUCACUUGGUAUUCUUCCUAAUGGUGAAAGUGCACUACAUGCUGCAGCUUUAGCAGGACACAUGACAGUUGUAAGACAAUUGGUAGGAGCAGGAGCUGAUCCCUUACUUGUAAACCAAGAAGGUGUGACACCUCUUCAACUAGCUGUUAGACACUCACAAACUCAAGUUGCCAAUUAUCUUAAAGAUAAAGUAAGGACACGAACCGCAGCAUGUUAGAAUCUUUUUAUUUAUACUUUAAAAAGAAUAUCCAUGAUUUUUAAAGAUUACUUUCAAGUCUUCAAAGAUAUCAUACAGAUAAACGUAUGUGCAAGUGUACGCACAUUAGCAUAAGGUAAAAUACUCCUUAUGUAUUUUAAUAUUGAUCAAGUGCAAUUUUAAUAUCGUAUAAAAACAUAAAUUUGUGCGUGAUACUAACAAGAUAAUCAGUAUAUAUAGUAAACAUUCAGUGAUAAUUCAGAAAUUCCAUUUUUAUUCCUGUUAAUAUUAGUAGUAUAAUAUAUAAUAUAGCAUAGUAAUAUAAUUUCAUGUUAUUGUUAACGAUUAAUAAGUUAAAACUAAUUACUGCAUAUGCAGAAGAUAUAUUUGAUUUUGAAAAAUUGAUAUACAUACAUUUAUUGUUGAAAGUUAUAUAUUUAUUUUUUAUGUAUACACUUUGUUAUUUAUAUACAGUAAUUGUUAAAGUAACUAAACUUACAAAGUUUCAGUGCUUAUUAGCAGUCUGAGAAGUGUAAGAAACUGAUAGUGGUAUACACGUGGUAAUGAUUCUCGUGAGAUUUAAGAUCUUUAAAAGACUGACUGAUUUGCCUUGAAACAUAUCACGUAGAAAUGAAACUUAGAAAUUGGUAAAAUGUAUGUCUUUCCACCGGUGGGAAAGUAAAUACUAUUGUGUCGUAAUAAUACAUAAAAAUGUACUAUAUAUUACAGUGUCAAUGAAAAGACAAGACCAAGCAUAAAUGUCAUAAUAACUUUAUAAUUUUGUUUUUAAACAUAAUGUCAUCAAUUUAAAGCAGAGUAAUUUAAUUUAUAUUUCUUUUUAAGAAAUAUACUCAACAAUUCAAUCAAUAGUUGAAAACAUCUAAAUAAUAUUAAAAUAAUUAAUAUAUCCACGCAUUAAUAUUUAACAGUAAUGCUUGAUAAAGUUCUGAUUUAUCAUAUCAUGUUACCUGCACCACCCUGAUUGUCUUCCCUAUUUUUGAGAUAGUUUAAAAAUUAUACACACAUUGUUGUUAUUAAAUGAUAGAUAUAAUAAAAUGCAAUAA